GGGCUGGGCCGGCUCUCUUUUUCCUUGGUUGGGGCGGAGUUAGGGCUCUGUUGAAAUUUAUCAUACAAGAAGGCGAAAGUUUCAGAACGUUUGUUUGCCGUCGAACGAGUUCCAUAGAUACACCGACGAGCGUAGAGAACGAGGCCACCGCAGCACACUUCGGCGCCAAGCGCGACAAAGGUGAAACCCUAACGCUAGCCUCUAGGAAAAAAAACACCGCUUGCUUGUGUUGAUUUUUGUUUGAUCGAAAUGGGUGGUGAUUCUGAUACCCGGAAAAUUCGAAACAUAUGUAUUCUGGCUCAUGUUGAUCAUGGUAAAACCACGCUUGCUGACCAUCUUAUUGCCGCCUCUGGUGGUGGAGUACUUCAUCCAAAGCUAGCUGGUAGGCUUAGAUACAUGGAUUAUCUUGAUGAAGAGCAAAGGCGGGCAAUUACAAUGAAGAGCUCUUCCAUUGCUCUUCAGUUUAGAGACCAUUAUGUUAACCUUAUAGACUCCCCUGGGCACAUGGACUUCUGUAGCGAGGUGUCUACUGCAGCUCGAUUGAGUGAUGGGGCAUUAGUUUUGGUUGAUUCUGUUGAGGGUGUCCACAUUCAGACGCAUGCAGUGCUGCGUCAGGCUUGGAUUGAGAAGCUUACACCUUGCUUAGUGUUGAACAAGGUUGAUAGGUUGAUUUGUGAGUUGAAGUUGAGUCCCAUGGAAGCCUAUACUCGGUUAUUGAGGAUUGUUCAUGAGGUGAAUGGGAUUAUGAGUGGGUAUAAAUCGGAGAAGUAUCUGUCUGACGUUGAUUCUAUACUUGCCGGCCCUUCGGAGGAGGCAGGUGAUGAGAAUCUUGAAUUGAUAGAGGAUGACGAGGAAGAUACAUUUCAACCACAGAAGGGAAAUGUCGCAUUUGUAUGUGCAUUAGAUGGGUGGGGUUUUAGCAUUAGUCAGUUUGCUGAAUUCUAUGCUUCAAAACUCGGAGCAAGCUCAAUGGCACUACAAAAGGCCUUAUGGGGUCCUCGGUAUUUCAAUUCAAAAACCAAGAUGAUUAUGGGCAAAAAGGGGAUGGAAGGAGGGAGUAAGGCUCGGCCUAUGUUUGUCCAGUUUGUGCUUGAGCCUCUCUGGCAGGUUUACUUGUCUGCCUCAGAGGCUGACGGUAAUAAAGGGUUGCUGGAGAAAGUCAUUAAGUCAUUUAAUUUGUCCAUACCCCCUCGUGAACUUCAAAACAAGGAUCCAAAAGCUGUGCUUCAAUCUGUCAUGAGCCGCUGGCUUCCUUUGUCAGAUGCAAUUUUAUCAAUGGUGGUGAAGUGUAUGCCAGAUCCAAUUGCUGCCCAAUCCUCUCGGAUUACACGUUUGCUUCCAAAGAGAGAAGUUUUGUAUAAAGUCGACAAUGAGAUUGAUACUAAGGUGCUUGCAGAGGCUGAUCUUGUUAGGUCGUCAGUUGAGGUGUGUGAUUCGAAUCCUGAAGCUCCAUGUGUCGCUUUCGUGUCAAAGAUGUUUGCUGUCCCAAUGAAAAUGCUUCCUCAAAGGGGUGCAAAUGGGGAGCUUUUGAACAAUUUGUCUGAGGAAUGUGGGAAGGGCGAAUCAGAUGAGUGCUUUCUUGCAUUUGCUAGAAUUUUUAGCGGGGUUCUUCGUUCGGGACAAAGGAUUUUUGUGCUAUCAGCUUUGUACGAUCCACUGAUAGGGGAAUCGGAGCACAAGCAUCUGCAGGAGGCUGAGUUGCACUCCCUGUAUCUAAUGAUGGGUCAAGGGUUAAAACCAGUGGGCUCUGCCAGCGCAGGGAAUGUUGUGGCAAUCCGAGGCCUGGGCCAGCAUAUAUUGAAAAGUGCGACUCUUUCGUCCACCAGAAACUGCUGGCCUUUCUCAAGUAUGGUUUUCCAAGUUGCACCUACUCUAAGAGUUGCAAUUGAGCCCUCUGAUCCAGCAGAUAUGGGUGCUUUGAUGAAAGGAUUGAUACUUUUGAACCGGGCUGAUCCUUUUGUAGAGGUCACUGUUUCUUCAAGAGGGGAACAUGUGCUUGCUGCUGCUGGAGAGGUUCAUUUGGACAGAUGCGUAAAGGAUCUGAAGGACAGAUUUGCAAAGGUAAACUUGGAAGUCUCUCCACCUCUCGUGUUCUAUAGAGAGACCAUUGAAGGUGAGGCAUCCAAUCCGGUAGAGAAUUUGAAAUUGCUAAGCAAUAGCUUGGAUUAUGUUGAGAAGAUCACGCCAAAUGGGAGAUGUGUUGUUCGAGUACGAGUCAUAAAGCUACCACCUAUGCUAACAAAGGUGCUUGAUGAAAGUGCUGAUUUACUUGGUGAUAUAAUUGGUAGUAAGUUGGGGCAGACCUAUAAAAGCUUAGCUACCCAGAGAUCAAGCAUUAUGGAAGCUGAAGAUCCAUUGGAGUCAUUCAAAAAAAGCAUAAUGGAUUCUUUGGAAAACGAUAUUAUAUCCAUCUCCAGGAAUGAAGAGGACAAAGACUGGGCUGAAAAGCUUAAAACUAAUUGGCAAAAACACCUUAAAAGGAUGUGGUCACUAGGUCCAGGACAUGUUGGACCUAAUGUCCUUUUUACCCCAGAAUGCAGAAUGAAGAAUUCUGAUUCCUCUGUUCUUAUAGGAGGUUCCCCUUAUGUAUCUGAGAGAUUGGGCUUUGUUGAUAGUUCUAGUAGUGGGGAUACAUGUGCUGAGACAUCUUCACAAGGAAGUCGAGCAUUAUACAUGGAAGCAGAGUCUCUCAAGAGCAGUUUAGUGUCUGGAUUUCAACUAGCUACAGCGGCUGGUCCGUUAUGUGAUGAACCCAUGUGGGGAGUGGCCUUUGUUGUUGAGGCUUACAUUUCUCCCUCUGCUGGCCAGCAGCCGGAUGAAUCUGAAUCAAACCCAACACCCGAGCAAUAUGGCAUCUUCACUGGUCAGGUUAUGACAGCUGUCAAGGAUGCCUGUAGAGCAGCUGUACUUCAGAAGAAACCCCGACUGGUCGAAGCCAUGUAUUUUUGUGAGUUGAACAGCCCAACUGAACAUUUGGGCUCUAUGUACGCUGUACUUUCUCGUAGGAGGGCUCGAAUUUUGAAGGAGGAAAUGCAGGAAGGGUCUCCACUAUUCACUGUUCAUGCAUAUUUGCCAGUUUCUGAAAGCUUUGGUUUUGCUGAUGAGCUUAGGAGAUGGACUUCUGGCGCUGCAAGUGCCCUUCUUGUGCUUAGUCACUGGGAAGCACUUUCUGAGGAUCCUUUCUUUGUGCCCAAAACAGAAGAGGAGAUUGAAGAGUUUGGAGAUGGUUCUAGUGUUCUUCCAAACACAGCAAGAAAGCUCAUUGAUGCUGUAAGGCGGCGUAAAGGCCUCCCAGUGGAAGAAAAAGUAGUUCAGCAUGCGACUAAGCAAAGGACCCUGGCUCGUAAAGUUUAGAAAUUAUUGUACUGUUGUAUCUUUGAGUUAAGGAAAUUGUAUGAUAACUCGAUUUUGUCAUUGAUAAUGGUUAAAAAGGCGUUGGUCAUAUUCAGUUUCAAGAAUAAUAAAUUAACGUGUAUACAGUUCUUUUUUGCUCAAAUGCAA